AAGCAUGGCAUAAACAUAAUAGCAGAACACAGCCGUCUGAAAAAUCCUGAAUCAUUAUACGGAGGACCUGCAGGAACAGGGAAGUCAAGAGCCAUCAACACCUUAAAAGAUUUUUUCGUCAGAAGGAACCAAGCACGACGGUUCAGACUCGCCUCAUACAUGGGAGUAGCAGCUCGAAAUAUCUCGGGUAUGGCCUUACAUGCAUCACUUCUGUUAAAUCAAAGGCGCUCAUCAGCUGCAAAUACCCAGACACAGCGGGACCUCACUGCAAUGUGGGAAGGGAUCGACCACUUGUUCAUAGACGAAGUGUCCAUG